AUGAUGAUCGGGUAUCUGCUUGCGUUCGUCUUUUUUGUCAAUGUUGGAACUACAUUUUCCAAUACGAUUGACCAAAACUCAAGGAUCAUCAACGGUAGUCCGACGACCACUGGGAAACACCCGCACCAGAUUUCACUCCAAGUGAUUCGAAGAGGUCAAUGGUUCCAUAUAUGCGGAGGGUCCAUAGUCGGGAAAAAUUGGGUUGUGACCGCCGCACACUGUGUGGACAGCUUGAGGUGUCUCAAAGAUCCCGCUGACCUCUCGGGAAAUACCAUAGCCCUUGCCAAUUCUGGCGAGAACUUUGAUGGCCAAACAUGUACGAUCAGUGGAUGGGGACUUACUGAAACAGGCGGCCCGAACCAACUGCAGGAGACCGACGGUGUCAUCCUGACACAUAACGAGUGCCUUUCUACAUGGGGCACAGAUUACGACAGCAGUGCACACAUCUGUAUCGACAACAAGAACACUGGCGCCUGCUUUGGUGACAGCGGUGGCCCGAUGGUGUGUGUCCGUGGCUCGACCCGCGUGCUGGCCGGUCUGAGCUCCUGGGGCGAAUCAAGGUGUAUCACCACGUUCCCUGAAGUGUACACCAGGGUGCCCACGUACAGGGAAUGGCUCGACGAGACCAUGUUGAACUAA